AUGGACAGUGUCGUCAAAGUUGCGUACCAGGGCGUCCCUGGCGCGUACUCGGAAAAAGCCACUCGUCAGCUACUCGGGUCUAGCUCGAACGUUGUGGCUGUAGGCUACUGCUCCUUUGACGAGACAUUCCUUGCCGUCCAGCGCGACGACGCGGACUUUGCUGUUGUACCCAUUGAGAACUCGCUCGGCGGGAGUAUCCACGCUAAUUACGAUUUAUUGCUCAAGUUCGGCCUCUCGAUCGUCGGCGAGUACGAUCUCCGCGUCGAGCACUCGCUCCUGGCGCUGCCAGGCGUGACGAAGAGCGACAUCAAGACGGUGAUUAGCCACCCGCAAGCUCUGGCGCAAUGCGCCCAUACAAUUGCGUGCCUCGGGGCGAAACCCCGGGCCGAGUACGAUACUGCAGGAAGUGCCAAGAUGCUGGCGGACAACCAAUGGACUGACACAGCCGUUGUGGCCAGUGACUUGGCUGCAGAGUACUAUGGACUGGACGUGCUGCAGCGCAACGUAGAAGACGAUGCUGGCAAUUUCACGCGUUUCUUGCUGCUAAGCAAGAAAGCAGACAUGGGUCUCGAUGCAACCGCAUCGACAGAGUUCAAGACAUCGCUCGUGUUCUCGUUCGUUGAUAGCAAUGAGAAGGGACAGCUCUACAAGGCCCUGUCGGCGUUUUCGCUGCGCGAGAUUGACAUGGCCAAGAUCGAAAGCCGGCCGUGGGGACACACAGCAGAGCAGCAGUAUCAUGACGCAGUUGGGCCGACAGUGCCGUUCACGGCGGACUUUUCACUCUCGGCCGAGAGCGUCCGUCGCAAGUACAGCUACUUGUUCUACGUCGACCUCAUUGGACACCAGAUGGAUAAAGAUAUUGUUUAUGCAUUGCGGCAUCUGCGCGAGUUUUGCAAGUUUGUGCGCGUCUUGGGAUCGUACCCGACCAAGGGGAAGCUGCUGGGCGAUGUGCGCAAGACGCUCGAAGCGGCUGGCGCGUAUCGGGCCAAUCCGAUCACUGCCUCGCCAGCCAUGACGCCAUGUGAGCAACCGCCAACGCGCUUGAACAUUGGCAUCUACGGAUUUGGCAAUUUUGGACAGUUUUUGGCCAAGACAAUGGUCAAGUCGCACGAUGUCCGGGCUUCCUCGCGCACAGACUACUCUGCUGUUGCCGCGCAGCUUGGAUGCAAGUACUACGCGUCUUCUACGCAGCUGGAGCAGUUUUUCGACGGACUGGAUGUUCUCGUGCUUGGCGUCAGCAUCCUCUCGUUUGAGUAUGUGCUGAGCAAGAUCCCGAAGCAAUUGCUGGAAAACCUCGUGGUUGUAGAUGUGCUGUCGGUAAAGACGCACCCGAAGCAGGUCUUGCUCAAGGAUCUGCCUCAGAAUGCAAGCAUUUUGUGCACGCACCCGAUGUUUGGCCCAGAGAGUGGACGGUAUUCGUGGAGAGGGCUGCCCAUGAUGUACGAGAAGGUACGGAUCACUUCUGGUGAGCACAACUGCGUGAUGGACAGCUUUCUACACAUUUUUGAGAUGGAAAUGUGCCGCAUGUUGGAGAUGACGUGCGAGUCUCACGACGAGUAUGCUGCCAGCAGCCAAUUCUUGACGCACCUAACUGGCCGAAUUCUCAGUGUGCAGGGUGUAAGAAACACGCCUAUUGAUACUCGUGGUUUCAAGAACCUUGUACGACUUGUGGAUGACACAUGCAAGGAUAGCUUUGAUCUCUUCCAAGGUCUGUAUAAGUUUAACCCCAACUCCGAGCUGCAAAUCCAGAAGUUUCAUGAAUCUCUUGACGCAGUGACGAAGCAACUUGGCGACGACCGCACCACUUUGUCUCUUGGUGGUGAGGAUGUCCCAAUGAUGGAGAAGUAUCCACUGAACCCGCUGCUGAGUAAGGUUGCAGCGUCGAAAACGGUGGUGAUCCACGGCAUGGCGAAGCAGCUGGAGUCAGAAGGCAAGCAGGUGUGGUCGCUCUGUGUGGGUGAGCCUGACUUCGCCCCUUCGCAGCGCGUACUGAAAGCUGGAAUGGCGGCCCUGGAGCAAGGCAAGGUGAAGUAUACCGAUGUGAAGGGUACGGCGGACCUACGCUCUCUGAUCGCGCAGUAUCUGGAAACGUGCAAAGGCCUGAAGUGUGACCCGUUGACGGAAAUCCUUGUAUCGAAUGGUGCGAAGCAGAGCGUGUACCAGGCCCUCCUGUCAAUCACUAAGCCCGGCGAGCAGGUACUGAUUCCUGCGCCAUACUGGGUAAGUUACCCGGAGAUGGUGAAGUUGACGGGUGGUGAGCCUAUAAUUCUGCACACGAAGCUGUCGGAGAAUUACCUGAUCGAUCCGGUAAAGCUAGAGGAGGAGCUAACCGCCAACGCGCGCGUGAAAUCACUCAUGUUGUGCAAUCCAAGCAACCCUGCUGGCACGAUGCACUCACCGGCUCAAUUGGAGAGCAUUGCUGCAGUUCUGCGCAAGCCCCAGUUCCGGCACAUCUUGGUCAUUGCCGACGAGAUCUACGAACAGCUGGUGUAUCAGGACGAGGGCGAGGCAAAACGCGAGCAUCAAAGCUUUGCGACACUGCCGGACAUGUAUGGGCGCACACUGACCGUGAAUGGCUUCUCGAAGUCGCACGCAAUGCCGGGUCUGCGUAUCGGUUACCUUGCAGCCCCGAAGUAUUUUGUGCAGGUGUGCACGAAGCUGCAAGGCCAAUUGACGUCGUGCGCGAACUCUGUCGGGCAAGCUGCGGCUGUAGAGGCUAUGGCGUUUGAGAUGGAGUGUGUGUCGCAAAAGAAGGAGCGCAUGACGGAGACGCUGGCGAUUAUGGAUGAGAAGCGCAAGUACGUUGUACAGCGCUUGCGAGCGAUCCCGCAGCUGACUUUUGCGUACCCGACGUCGGCUUUCUACGUGUUCAUGGAUUUGGCAUCGAUUUUCGAGGGCAAGCAAGGAACAACAGCGGACAAGAGUGAGGUGGUGAAAGAUGCGGACGACUUUUGCGAGUACCUGUUGCGCCACUUUCACGUGGCCCUGGUGCCUGGUUCUGCGUUCGGCGUGAAGAAUGGUCUACGUCUUUCGUACGCGUCGUCCAUGGAGACGAUUAAGCAUGCCAUGGAUGGCUUGGAGCAGUCGCUGGGUGCACUGACGUUCGCUUCGAUUGCAAAAAGUGACUAUUCCGUCGCUUGA